AUGAACACUAAGUUAGGGUGGACAGUUAUUGGAAGAUCAGGAAUUAAUAAAAAUGAUAGUUCCAGCACGCUAAUGUCUCUACUUGUCAACGACGUAAAUAUAUCCGAUCUUUGGAGGCUUGAUACAUUGAAUAUCAAUGACCCUGCAGAAACUCAAAGUAGAAAAGAACUAGAAGAAGCGGCCAAGAAACAUUUUGAACGCAGUGUAACACGAGAUAACGAGGGGCGCUACGUUGUCAGUCUACCGUGGAUACAUGAUCAUCCACCUCUUCCUGAUGGCAGAAAGAUAGCUGAACGAAGACUUAACAGUUGUAUUAAAGCCUUAGAACGUGCCGAAAAGCUGGCCGAUUAUGAUGAUGUUUUUCAGGAUUGGCAGAGUGAGGGUAUUAUUGAAGAAGGUGAUCCUAUGCAAGAAAUCAAAGGACAGCAUUUCUUACCUCACCAUCCUGUCUUCAAGGAGAAUUCUACGACCAAAGUUCGACCCGUUUUUGAUGGUUCAGCUAAAGAAAAGAAUACACCUUCUAUUAAUGACUGCCUCGAAAAGGGACCAAAUCUUGUAGAACUCAUUCCAUCAGUCAUAAAUCGCUUUCGUAUUGGAAAAUAUGGUGUGAUAUCUAACAUCAAGAAGGCCUUUCUGCAAAUUGGAUUACAAGAACGACAUAGACCAUAUAUCAGAUUUUUAUGGAAGGAUAGAAGAAAAGACGGAAAUAUCAAGACCCUGCAGCACAAAAGAGUUGUGUUCGGAAUCUCCUCCAGUCCUUUCCUUCUAGGAGCUACAUUAGAACUUCAUUUAAAAAACGCUCCAGAUCAUCUCGAGGAAACAGCCCAGCAACUUUUGAGGUCCUUCUACGUUGAUAAUUGUGUUUUCAGCUUCAAUAGAAAAGAAGAACUCGCUAGAUUUAUUUCGGAAUCGCAAGCACUAUUAUCUACUGCCAAGUUUGAACUUCGAGGGUGGGAGCAUUCUCCUAUUGAAGACAAAACUGAAGAAAAGCAAGAAGACCGAAAGGUACCAGUUCUUGGGCUUCUGUGGAAUUUACCAAAGGACACUAUAUCUCUAGAUUUGAAAAGUUUGAUUAAAGAAGAUAAAGGACCUAUUACAAAAAGAAAAAUCCUGUCAACCGAAUGCUGGAAAUUGGGGUUGUCCUGGGAUUCUGAACUCCCUCUGCUGAUAACUGAAAGAUUUGAACGCUGGAAGAUUAAGUUAACGAAAUUGAAUGAUCUUGAAAUACCAAGAAGUGUACGUGAGGACUUUGCAGAAGAUUCCAAAUUUUCCAUCCAUGUUUUUUGUGACGCAAGUCAGAGUGCCUACGCUACAUGUAUCUUCUUGAGAGCUGAAUCUGCUGAUAGCACGUCGUGCCAGUUAAUACAAGCUAGAAAUAGAGUUGCUCCUUUGAAAAAGAUCUCUAUUCCACGCCUAGAACUUUUGUCCUGCACUAUUAGAGCUAGAUUGGCAAAAGCAACCAUAUCGGAACUUGGACUUGAGAACAUACCAAUCUUCUACUGGUCUGACUCUAUGAAUGCUUUGUAUUGGAUCAAAAGAAAUGAGAAAUGGGCUACUUUCGUUUACAACAGGGUACUGGAAAUCCGUAAACUCACUAAUCCUGAAGACUGGAGGCACAUAAGUGGAACAUUAAACCCAGCUGACCUUCAUCACGAGGUUCCAAUGCAGAGGAACUUGUGA